AUGGUAGAGAAUAGAAGAGAACUUGAAAGAAUAUUUUACAACGGGUUAUUUGAAAAUCUGCGAUGGUUGAAAUGUUUAGAUAUUGGCAAAAAUAGUAUCGGAACGAAGGAACCUAUUUAUCCGGAUGAAAUAUUUUGUCAUUUAAAGUCUCUGCAAACCUUGAAAAUCGACGGCAUAUCUGGUGCUUCAUUUGGAAAAGGAUUUAGAUAUCUUACAAAAUUGAGAUUGUUAAGAAUUUACAAUAUGGGUCUAGUAGGAUAUUCUUCAGAUUACUUUGAAAAUGUUUCACAGAUUACAUCACUUGAUUUGUCAUGUACCUUAACACCCAAUAAUGAGGAGGGUUGUUAUCUAAGACGCAUUGAAGCAGGAGCGAUAGCUAAACUGCAAAAACUACAGUAUUUAGAUAUAUCACAUAACCUAAAACUAGGAUUUUGUGGACUAAGAAAUGUUACGUAUGAUCUUACAAAAACACAAAUAAAGGUACUGAGAGCAAGAAAAAUUACAUGUCCAUAUGGCUACAGGCCGGUUUGUAAUGUAUCAAAGGUCAAGAUACUUGAUAUAUCUGGAAACUUACGAUAUUUUAAAGGAUAUGAACGACUACAUGACAAACCUCAAUACACAUUCGACGCGUUUGUUUCUUAUGCAGAGGAUGAUCGUCUGUUCGUUUUCAAUGAAAUAAUUGAGGGUCUCGAAAAUGGCAAAGGAAAGUACCUAUGUAUUCAUCACCGCAAUUUUAUCCCAGGUUGUGAUAUUUCUGACAACAUUACAAAUGCAAUUCACGAGAGCGAAAAAAUAGUUUGUCUUAUCACACAGAAAUUUCUUGAAUCUGAAUGGUGCAACUAUGAGUUAAAUAUUGCUCGAGUUGAAGGAAUGUGGUCUCGUAGUGGCAAAAAUAUGAUUAUUAUAGUUCUAAUGGAAAAUAUUUCUAAAAAUGAUUUGCCAAUCCAAAUAAUAGAAUUAAUAGCUCACCAAACGUACAUCGAUUAUACAGCUUAUAUUAAUACGGAUAUAUUUAUUGACAUGUUGAAUACUGCAAUUGACCAUUAAAAAGUAUUUGUAACCUACAAUAAUCCAAGUAUGAUAGCACGGAAGAAUCAUUUGUGGCCCUUUAGCUACGGAUGUUUAGUGAUUCUUGACAUACGAUUUACUUGUAAGACUUUAUAUGAACUUUAAUAACAAUUUGGUAUUGUUAAUUUGGUUAAUAAC